GCUUCCUGCGGACGGCAGGCUGCUGAGUUCCGAGAGGUCAUGCGGAGAGCAGGAGAGCUCACCCUGGCCUCCUGUUGUCUUUGAAAAUAGCUGCUGUUGGUGCGCAGCAGGAAACACACCCCUUUGUAGGUGUGAGGAAGGAGGAGGAUCAGGUACAUGAAGUUUAAAGCUGUACAUGGCUGGCAAGAGGUCAUCAGGCAAGCAGUCACUGCUGCUUCUGGGGCUGUUGGUCACUGUAGCCACCAUCCACCUUGUUGCCUGUCCCUACACCAAGGUAGAAGAGAGCUUCAACCUGCAGGCUACACAUGACCUUCUGUACCACCAGCUGGAUAUAGACAAGUACGACCACCAUGAGUUUCCUGGAGUUGUUCCCAGGACGUUCCUUGGGCCGCUGUUGAUUGCAGUGUUCUCCAGCCCUGUGGUUUAUGUGCUCUCGCUGUUUGAAGUGUCUAAAUUUUAUUCUCAGCUGAUAGUCAGAGGAGUCCUUGGGCUUGGUGUGAUUUUUGGGCUCUGGAGAUUACAGAAGGAAGUUCGACAGCAGUUCGGGGCCACGGUGGCUGUCAUGUUCUGCUGGAUUUCAGCCACACAGUUUCAUCUCAUGUUCUACUGUACGAGGACACUCCCCAACGUGUUGGCCCUGGCUGUGGUUUUACCAGCCCUCACAGCCUGGCUGCAGCGUAGGUGGGCCCUCUUUGUCUGGCUCUCAGCCUUUGUCAUUAUUGGCUUCAGGGCUGAGCUGGGCAUGCUGCUGGGCAUUAUGCUGCUGCUGACCUUGUACCAAAGAAGAAUGCCUGUGGCCAGAUUGUUCCGGCAUGCCAUCCCAGCAGGGGUCCUCUGCCUAGGGCUGACGGUUGCUGUGGACUCCUAUUUCUGGCGAUACCUUGUAUGGCCAGAAGGAGUGGUGCUUUGGUACAACACUGUCCUGAACAAGAGUUCCAACUGGGGCACCUCCCCACUCCUGUGGUAUUUCUACUCAGCCCUGCCCCGAGGCCUGGGCUGCAGCCUCCUCUUCAUGCCCCUGGGUGCAGUGGACAGGAGGACCUAUGCGCUGGCCCUGCCAAGCCUGGGAUUCGUGGCUUUGUACUCGCUCCUCCCUCACAAGGAGCUACGGUUCAUCAUCUAUACCUUUCCUGUCCUCAACAUCAUGGCUGCCAGAGGCUGCACCUACGUCCUGAAUAAAAAGUCUUGGCCAUACAAGGUGAGAGCGCUGCUGGUGAUCGGACAUCUCUUGGUGAAUGUGGCGUAUACAGCCACGUCCCUCUAUGUGUCCCAUUUCAACUACCCUGGUGGGGUUGCGAUGCGGCGGCUGCAUGAGCUGGUGCCACCUCAGACAGAUGUCCUUCUACACAUCGAUGUGGCUGCUGCCCAGACAGGCGUGUCGCGCUUUCUACAGGUCAACGACGGCUGGAGGUAUGACAAGAGCGAAGACGUACAGCUGGGAGCUGCAGGCAUGCUGGACUACACCCACAUCCUCAUGGAGGCAGUGCCGGGACACCUGGCCCUCUACAGAGACACGCAUCGGGUCCUGGCCAGUAUUGAGGGCACUACAGGUGUGAGCCUGAAUCUGAUGAAACUGCCACUCUUUGAUGUCAACCUGCAGACAAAGCUGGUACUUCUGGAGCGGCUGCUUAGGCCAGCCUGAGAGGACAGGAGGUCUCCAGAAGUUACCAAGUGUGGUUACCAUCUAACUCAGUAAAGACGAUUCAAGAAAGCAGCAAGACCAGGGACCUCCAGCAUACCCCUGGUGUUGGCCUGCAACAAGCUGGGCCAGGCCUUACAAAUAGCCACACCUAAGGUACAGGGCUGAGAAUGUGGAGCCAGAGACCCACCACCAAGUGUGAUAGUGGCCUGCUCAAACCUGUCUGCCAUGGUUAGGUGGCCCACAGGAUCAUUUAUAUUCAUACUGGGAGCCAUUCAUAACUAAGGACAGUGAGUCUGGCUGGAACACCUGCCACCCUAGCUCUGCAGUGACCCUCAGUGUUCCUGCCCCUGAAUCACACUUGGUGCCCAUGGCCUUAGAAGACCACAGUAUAAACCAUGUCUUUACAGGAUAGACACACACACACACCCCACCAGUUGUGGCAGCUGUUAUAGUCCAAGGCAUGAUGUUAUUUCCAUUUCACAUUGAUUCUGAGGACAUACACAUGUUUAUAAAAGAACAGAAAUAAAAAUUAUGUUUUCUUAAA